GUCAAAAAUAAAAUGGCUUUGGCUCUGACGCCACGCGGCUCCCCUCUCUUCGGGCAGGGCUGUGUUGUGCUGCCAGGCUCGCCUUAUCCAUCGCACAAGGCCACCCGAGGCAAACAGCGGCAGCUCAGCAAUGCGCGAGAUCUGGACGGCCCGGCGGUCAACACGAGGUCCAAGGCCAAGAGCAGGACCAAAUCUAAGAAGGCCCCGGGCAUGAGUACCAAGGCACUGACGGUGGGUACGGUGAGCACGGCGGUGGAUGAUGAUAAGGACUCGGUGAGCGUGGGUUCAUGGGACUCGGCCAUGAUGGACAUGGACGAGGUGGAGAUGGAGGAUGGCCAGGGGGAGCAGAGAGGUGGUGAUACGGAGGGAGGCAGCCCCUCGGAUGCAUCGCACAUGGUGGGUGGUCGGAUGGGUGUGUGGAUGGAUGGAUUCAUGGUGUCUUGUGGAUGCUCAUUCACUGCAGGGGGCACUGUACAAUAUCGCCUGCAGCCCGUCCCCCCCGCCCGAACAAGGAGACACGUACGUCAGUGCCAGCUACGAAUAGACCAACACCAACACCGUUUCUCUUCUCUUCGUAUGUGUGCAGGCGCACCGACUCGCCGUCCUUCAUGGCCAUGGAGUCCCCUCCCCGUCCACACUACCCCUACCUCACACUCAGAACCACCCCCCACAUGACCUUCGCCCCUCCCCCUCCCCGUCCCUCCUCCCCGCCCACAGACACCGAUCACAAGCGCAAGAAGCCGGCCAACGUGUCGCCGUCCCCGUCGGUGUCCGUGUCCGAUCUCAUCGCACCGGGCAGCAAGCCCUAG